AUGCCUGCUCCAGGCGCCUUCAUCCUCCUCGCGGCCGUCUCCGCCUCGGGCUGCCUGGCGUCUCCCGUCCAUCCUGACGGAUUCGCCCUUGGCCGGGCCCCCCUGGCUCCUCCCUACGCCGUGGUCCUCAUUUCCUGCUCUGGCCUGCUGGCCUUCAUCUUCCUCCUCCUCACCUGUCUGUGCUGCAAACGGGGUGAUGUUGGCUUCAAGGAGUUUGAGAACCCCGAGGGGGAGGACUGCUCUGGGGAGUACACUCCCCCUGCGGAGGAGACCUCCUCCUCUCAGUCGCUGCCUGAUGUCUACAUUCUCCCUCUGGCUGAGGUCUCCCUGCCAAUGCCAGCCCCGCAGCCUUCACAUUCAGACAUGACCACCCCCCUGGGCCUCAGUCGCCAGCACCUCAGCUAUCUACAGGAGAUUGGGAGCGGCUGGUUUGGGAAGGUGAUCCUGGGCGAGAUUUUCUCUGACUACACCCCAGCCCAGGUGGUGGUGAAGGAACUGCGGGCCAGCGCUGGGCCGCUGGAGCAGCGCAAGUUCAUCUCGGAAGCUCAGCCCUACAGAAGCCUGCAGCACCCCAAUGUCCUCCAGUGCCUGGGCCUCUGUGUGGAGACACUGCCCUUCUUGCUGAUCAUGGAAUUCUGUCAGCUGGGGGACCUGAAGCGAUACCUCCGGGCCCAGCGGCCCCCCGAGGGCAUGUCCCCCGAGCUGCCCCCUCGAGACCUGCGGACGCUGCAAAGGAUGGGCCUGGAGAUCGCCCGUGGCCUGGCGCACCUGCACUCGCACAAUUACGUGCACAGCGACCUGGCGCUGCGCAACUGCCUGCUGACCUCUGACCUCACGGUGCGCAUCGGGGACUACGGGCUGGCGCACAGCAACUACAAGGAGGACUACUACCUGACGCCCGAGCGCCUGUGGAUCCCGCUGCGCUGGGCGGCGCCCGAGCUGCUGGGGGAGCUGCACGGGACCUUCAUGGUGGUCGACCAGAGCCGGGAGAGCAACAUCUGGUCCUUGGGGGUGACCCUGUGGGAGCUGUUUGAGUUUGGGGCUCAGCCCUAUCGCCAUCUGUCAGACGAGGAGGUCCUCGCCUUCGUGGUCCGCCAGCAGCACGUGAAGCUGGCCCGGCCGAGGCUCAAGCUGCCCUACGCGGACUACUGGUACGACAUCCUGCAGUCCUGCUGGCGACCCCCAGCCCAGCGGCCCUCGGCCUCUGACCUGCAGCUGCAGCUCACCUACCUGCUCUCCGAGAGGCCCCCCAGGCCCCCUCCUCCCCCACCCCCGCCCCGCGACGGCCCCUUCCCCUGGCCCUGGCCCCCCUCGCACAGUGCCCCCCGCCCCGGGACCCUCUCCUCGCCGUUCCCCCUUCUGGAUGGCUUCCCCGGGGCCGACCCUGACGACGUGCUCACGGUCACCGAGAGCAGCCGCGGCCUCAACCUCGAGUGCCUGUGGGAGAAGGCGCGGCGCGGGGCUGGCCGGGGUGGGGGGGCCCCUCCGUGGCAACCGGCAUCGGCCCCUCCGGCCCCCCACGCCAACCCCUCCAACCCCUUCUACGAGGCCCUGUCCACGCCCAGCGUGCUGCCGGUCAUCAGUGCCCGCAGCCCCUCAGUGAGCAGCGAGUACUACAUCCGCCUGGAGGAGCACGGCUCCCCGCCCGAGCCCCUCUUCCCCAACGACUGGGACCCCCUGGACCCAGGCGUGCCCGCCGCCCAGGCCCCCCAGGCCCCUUCCGAGGUCCCCCAGCUGGUGUCCGAGACCUGGGCCUCCCCCCUCUUCCCGGCGCCCCGGCCCUUCGCGGCCCAGGCUGCGUCAGGCAGCUUUCUGCUGAGCGGCUGGGACCCCGAGGGCCGGGGCGCUGGGGAGACCCUGGCCGGAGACCCCGCCGAGGUGCUGGGGGAGCGGGGUGCGGCCUGGGCCGAAGAGGAGGAGGAAGAGGAAGAGGAGGAAGGCAGCUCCCCCGGGGAGGGCAGCAGCAGCCUGGGCAGGGGUCCCGGCCGCCGGGGUCCCCUCCCCUGUCCGCUGUGCAGCCGGGAGGGCCCCUGCUCCUGCCUGCCCCUGGAGAGGGGGGACGCCGUGGCCGGCUGGGGGGGGCACCCCGCCCUGGGCUGCCCCCACCCUCCGGAGGACGACUCGUCCCUGCGGGCAGAGCGGGGGUCCCUGGCCGACUUGCCCCUGGUCCCCCCCGCGCCGGCCCCCUCAGAGUUUCUGGACCCUCUCAUGGGGGCCGCAGCGCCCCAGUACCCCGGGCGGGGGCCGCCCCCCGCUCCCCCCCCUCCGCCGCCACCUCCCCGGGUCCCCGCCGAGCCGGUCGCGUCCCCCGACCCCCCGUCGGCCCUGGCCAGUCCGGGCUCAGGCCUAUCGUCUCCGGGCCCCAAGCCGGGGGACAGCGGCUACGAGACCGAGACCCCUUUUUCUCCCGAGGGAGCCUUCCCCGGUGGGGGGGCGGCCGAGGAGGAAGGGGUCCCUCGGCCGCGGGCUCCCCCCGAGCCACCCGACCCCGGAGCGCCCCGGCCACCCCCAGACCCGGGUCCCCUCCCGCCCCCGGGGCCGCAGGAGAAGCCGAGCUUCGUAGUUCAAGUGAGCACCGAGCAGCUGCUCGAGUCCCUGCGGGAGGGCGUGACCAGGAACCUCCUGGGGGGCCAGGGGGUGCCGGGGCCCAGGAAGGCGGGGAGAGGCCCCGGGAGCCGAGAGACAGCCCCGGGCCCGAGCAGAGACCCGACAGCCCCGGGCAGCGGCGCGAAGAGAGCCCCCAGCCCGAGCCUCCCGGAGAACGGGGUGACAGUCUCGGAGAACGGGGGACAGGGAGCCCCGGGCAUGGAGAAGACGGCCGAGAAUGGGGGACUGGGGUCCCCAGAGAGAGUCGAGACAGUGCUGGAGAAUGGGGAGCUGACGCCCCCAAGGAGGAAGGCGAUGCCCCUGGAGAAUGGGGAGCUGACGUCCCCAGAGGCCGGGGAGAAGGCGCUGGUGAAUGGGGGGCUGAUGUCCCCAAAGAGCGAGGAGAAGGCAUCCGCGAAUGGGGGCCGGAGGCUCCCCAGGAACACGGAGAGCCCGCCGGAGACUGGGCCCUGGAGGUCCCCGGGGCCCCGGGAGAAGACGCCCGGGACUGGGGGUCCAGCCCCAGAGACCUCCCUGCAGAGAGCCCCCACCUGCGGCCAGGGGCCCUGGCCCCAGAACGGCUUGGAGACGGGCCCUGGCCCGCGUGGCCUAGCCCCCAAGAACGGGAUGCUGGACCCCGGGACCGAGAGGAGAGUCCUCGAGACUGGGGGGGCGCUGAGAGCCCCAGAGGCUGGGAGGCUGGACCUCGGGAAUGGGGGCCCAGCCCCAGUGGACGUGGGGAUGGGCCCAGGCGGAGGCCCCGAAAGCGGCGCGGACGCAAAGGCCGAAUGGGUAGACAGCAAGAGGCCACAGCCGCUACCACCGCUGCCGCCACUGGAGGCCCAGGCGAGGAGGCCGGAGCCAGUAGUGCCCCUGAGGGCCAGGCCGGAGGUGGCCUCCGAGGGAGACCCCAUGGCCCCAGACAACAGGGCCGACGGAGACACAGCACCCAGCGGAGACGGGGACCCCCCCAAGCCCGAGAGGAAGGGCCCCGAGAUGCCACGACUGUUCUUGGACUUGGGCCCCCCUCAGGGGAACAGCGAACAGAUCAAAGCCAAGCUCUCCCGGCUGUCGCUGGCGCUCCCGCCACUCUCGCUCACGCCGUUCCCGGGCCCGGGCCCGCGGCGGCCCCCGUGGGAGGGCGCGGACGGCGGGGCGGCUGGCGGGGAGGCCGGCGGGGCGGGGUCGCCGGGGCCGUCGGAGGAGGACGGGGAGGACGAGGACGAGGACGAGGAGGAGGACGAGGAGGCGGCGGGCGCGGCGGCGGGGUCUCGGGGAUCCGGGAGGACGCGGGCAGCCCCGGUGCCCGUCGUGGUGAGCAGCGCCGACGCGGACGCGGCCCGGCCGUUGCGGGGAUUGCUCAAGUCUCCGCGCGGGGCCGACGACUCGGAGGACAGCGAGCUGGAGAGGAAGCGCAAGAUGGUCUCCUUCCACGGGGACGUGACCGUCUACCUCUUCGACCAGGAGACGCCAACCAACGAGCUGAGCGUGCAGGGCCCCCCCGAGGGGGACACGGACCCAUCAACGCCCCCAGCGCCCCCGACGCCUCCCCACCCCACCACCCCCGGAGAUGGGUUUCCCAGCAACGACAGCGGCUUUGGAGGCAGUUUCGAGUGGGCGGAGGAUUUCCCCCUCCUCCCCCCACCCGGGCCCCCCCUGUGCUUCUCCCGCUUCUCCGUCUCGCCUGCACUGGAGACCCCGGGGCCCCCCACUCGGGCCCCCGACGCCCGGCCCGCAGGCCCCGUGGAGAACUGACUCCCCAAAGACCCGAUCCUCCCGCACCCCCAGACGAGGGGCUGAGAGUGGAAUCCUGUGUGGACGACGGAGUCACUGCCAGUGCUGCAGACGCCGCCUCCGGGGAGGCGCCCGAGGCCAGGCCCUCCCCGCCCCCCACCACGUGCCAAACGGGAGGCCCCGGUCCCCCGCCCCCGAGCCCCCCUGCCAGCUCCCCCGACGCCCCUGAUCCCCUCGGUGCCACAUGAGGCAGCAGUCCCUCGCCCUUCCCGGAGCGUCACUUUUCUUGGAACUGAACUGAAUGAACUCUUCAGGGCCUGGAGCCCCUUGACGCGCGGAGGCCUGGCCUCCCCCACUCAGCCCGUUCAGGCCGCAGGCUUCGGACCCCUGCCCCGCCCAACCUGGCCGCCAGAAGGGCCUCCAGUUCAACCUUGACGUGGCAUUUUCACAUUAUUUAAAAAAGACAAAAAUGACUUUUUGGAGGAAGGCGGGACCUGUGUGUUUGGGGAGGGGGGGCAGGGAGGAUAGUCUCCAUCCCCAAGGCCUGGGGUAGGGGGCGCCCACAUAGUGGGCAGGGCAAUGGUGCAAUGAUGACAAGAGGCUGUGCUGGGGGGACCAGGUGGCCCCAUCUCAGUUUACCCACUCUCCCAUAUGACCCCCAGAAAGUCCCCUGCCAUUUACAGGCCCCCUACACUCUCCUGUUUUGGUCCCUUGAACUCCUGGCCUGAGGGAGGGUGGGUGCCCUGAUGCCCCACCUCUGCUGCAUCCACUUCCCCUGCUUCCACGGGGUCCUGCCAGGCCGGAGCCCACAUUAUGAACCUCCCCCAAAGGCUUAGCGAUAGCCAACUUUCCAGAGAUCUGCUCAGAUGGGGGUGUGGGCUGGUACCCACAAUUCCCCAUCCUUGGGAAAGUAAGGCAACUUGGAGGUGACUCCCGUGUCCCACAGGCCCAGUUUUAAUCUGACCAGAACAGAACUGAUUUCAUCUCCCUAAAACUUCCCUGAGGCCAUUUCAAUCAGUGAUGGUGCCAAUGGGUCCUCCCAAAGCUGGUGACACAGGUGCCUUGGAAUAAAGGGUCACAUCCCUCCAGAUGAAAUAUGAAGGGACACAUUGAUUGCAGCAGUUGGGACUUCACCCACACAGAGAAGGAGACCCAACAGAGGCAA